AUGCACGAGGGGCCAGGCAGCGGCGGGGGGGGGCCGGAGGGGUCGUCCUCCUACACCCUCUUUAUUGGACAGGUGCGGUUUGAGACGACCCCGGCGGAGCUUCUUUGGAUGAUUCGUCGGGUUUCAGGGGCUUACGUUUGCCACUUCGAGAGCCGCGGGGCGGGGUGCUAUAUUAUUCACUGUCGCAGCGAGACCGACCUACAGCUCAUUCGCGGGAUUCAUAAGCGGGUUUUGUUCGAUAUUGGAGGGGUAUGGCUUGCGAGAACCGCGGAGGAGAUUGACGCGCUUUGUGAAUAUGUCUCCUUAGAUGCGGCUGUUCUUUCCCGGAAGGCGCACCUGCCACGUGAUUCCAUGGUUGUUGAGGAGCGCAAGGCAGACUUAUCGACCCUAUCAGCAACGCGGUAUAGUUCGAUAAAGAUGGAGAAUCAACCACAGGUUUUUAUGCAAUAUUCAACUGCACUUCUACCUCAAGGGCAAGACCUCCCUGUGAUGUAUUCUUCUUAUCCUUCAUAUUCAACUCCUUAUACUUCUAUGUAUCGACCAUUUAUCUCACAGGUUCCAAUGCCAAACCAGCCGGGUUUACCUCCACCGCCGCCGUAUGGUUCUUAA